AAUUAUAAAAGUAUUCAACUUCCGGUGGUAUCUUCCGGUAAAUUCACCGGCGAGAAGGUGACUUUUGAAACAAAACAUGGGAGCUUCUGACAGCAAGCGGACUGUAGUUGUGGACAGGGAUGAUAUUGCAGUUACACAAAGUGUGAUAAACAGAUUAUCUGGCCGAGAGAAAGGGCCACCGCCAGCACCAGAACCUGAACCAAAAUCUGGAGGUGGAAUGGACUUUGAUUAUGCAAUUCCAUCCAGUAAAAUAAGACAAAUUGAAUCGGAAUAUGAAGAGCGAUUGAAAGCAACAGAAGAGAGAGAAGCAGUAUCAAAAGCAAGACUGAAAAAAUACGAGGAACAGAGUGAGCAACAAUUACAGACUCAACAAGAACAGUUUUCUCGGGCUAUGGAUGAUUUAGAAAAGAAAUUUAUACGGAAUACUGGGUCACCAGUCUGUCAGGACAUUCAGCAGGAUGUGUUUCAUUGUUACCAAAGCAACCCAAAACAGACACUAAACUGUUCCACACAUGUCCGAGCAUUUACAUCCUGUGUAGAUGACGCUCGCAAGGAUGCCUAUGACAUGUCAAAGAAAGCCUGACUUGAUGUCUACCUGGAAAUGUUUGAAGAUUCUUUUAUACCAGAGGACUAGUGAUUUUUUUCUGGACCAAAAAUAGAAAUCACCAAUGUGAAUUUACACUGGGACUUGAUACCAGUGUUCUAUUUGACAAAGUUUAUUUAAUACCUUAACCAAUUAAUUAGGGGAACUACUUUGGCUGUGACAAAGAUAUACAGAAAAUGGUGUGUUGUGAAAACCAUUUUUUUGUUAAUCCCUUGCAGAUGAGAAUGAGUGGGAGUUGGACGUUAACAGUACACAUAAUGGUAGAUUUUACCCUUAGUAGAUACCACUGUGAAUGGGCUGUGUGGUCGGUGUAGAGGUGAAUAAAUGUGAUGAACUGAUAAAAGCACUUCUCUAUUAUAAAA